GAACCCUGCAGGCCGUGAAACGUUGUGUGGUUGAAGCCAGAUCGAAGCAGCUACCGAAAAGCGAGAACGAAAGCAGCGCCAGCCAUGUGGUCCAAACUAUUCCUAGCAACGCUCCUGCUAGGACUGACGUUGGCGGACAAGCAGAACGCGACGGAGUCGUCGGCAGCGGUAGCCGCUAGCGCCGCGAAGGAGAAACGUCAGACGGAACACGAGACGCGAUCGAUUCCACUGUCGGUAAUUGGUGGCCGUCGCCAGCAGCCACAGCACCAGCCACAGGAGUACUAUCAGAGCGAGGAAGCGGCCGCUCAGUACGCUCAGUACGCGCAGGCGACCGCAGGUCAGCCCACCUACAAGGCGUCCGCGGCCGGGCACAAAGCCUCCCAGGAGCAGCCGCAGUACCAGGAGCUUCCCCCCGAGUACAUCAGUCUGCUUCACCAGUUGGCGGAACAUCAGCCCAAGGGAGCUGCCGCGAAGCAGGGCAAGGCAGUGGCGCACCAGCAGCACCAGCACCAGCAACAGCAGCAGCAGCAGUAUGAACAUCCGAGUCACGCGCAGCAGCCAAACCAGAACCAUAUCCAGUACAUCACCGAGGAGGAGUACGCGCAGUUGGUGAAGCAAGCCCAGCAGCUUCCGAGCCCGGCUGGACCGCAGUCCUACCAUCCGCAUUAUCACCACCAGCACCACCAGCCGCAACAGCCGCAAGGGCUGCAGGCCUACGGCCGAGCCCCAGCGCACGUUCCGGGUACGUUGCCCAAGGCACCUGCAUCCCCGCACAAGUAUCGGCCCGCCAUUCAGCUGCUGGAGACGAGCGAAGAUCAGCCGGGACCUUAUGGGGCGGCCGACGGUGAGCAGUAUCGCAUCCAGUACAAGAGUAUACAGCAAUCCGGCACAGUGACGCCCGUUCCGAAGCCAGUUAGUUCUUUUUCCUUCGAAAAGGAACUCGCUAAACUGGUAGAGUCCAACCGGCCGCUCCCCUACCGCCAGCUCGCUCAUCCGCACCACGAGGCUCAGCACGAUGCGCAACGCUACGGACCGACACCCAGCCCGCAGUCCCACGAGUACACCUACGUGCAGGCCGGAGGUCCGGCCCACGACCACGGUGGCGCCCCACAGCAACCACUGAAACACGCGAAAGCGCAGUACGUGGCAUCGUUUGCGCAAGGGCACCCAGGGCUGGCGGGGCCGAAAAUUAGUCCAGCCCAUCUGCAGGUCGGACCGCAGAAGUUUAGCGACAUUCCGGCCCAGAAGUACCAGUUCAUAGGCAAUCCGGAGGCGCACCACCAUCCGCAGCACCAUCAUCAGGCCCCGGCGCACCAGGGACAGCAGUACUUUGCGGAGGUUUCGCCCAAGCAGCACCCGGGCACGCCGUCGCCCAAGAUACAGUACUACGUGCCGAAGGAGAAGAACGUCCAGGUCUACUACCAACAGCAGCAGCAGCAGCAGCAGCAACAGCAACAGCACCACCAACAUCAGCAGCAGCUGAAGGAACAGCAGACGCUCGAGGAACACUCGCCCCAGCAUCCGAUGAAGAUCGUCGAGGCCCCGCAGCUACAGCAUGAGAAGCCCCAGAAGACGGUCCAAUCGGUGCACCGGCCAAGACCGGCCGAGCAGCAACAGGUACAGCACCGGUAUGCACCGCGCGAAAAGCAACAGGACCAGCCGAGCCCCGUCUCCAGCGAUCCGCACGCGCCGUCACGCUCCACCAUCUACGUGUCGCAGUCGACGGGAGUGAACCAGGCUACGGCCGCCGCGACGCCUGCUCCGGCGGCACACUACGGCGAGAAGCACCACAAGGUGCCGCCGAAGAUUGACCGCCCGCUGACGCCGGAGGAGUUCCAGGCACUGGUUGACGCCGGGUACUCCGUCGUACCGGUUCCUGUGCCCGUUCCUGUGCCAAUUUCUCAGUAUCAGGCCCAGCAGGCAGCCCUGGCUGCCGGCGGUCACCCCGGGCAACGGGGAGGACCCCAUCCGACGCCAUCGUCCGGUGGCCGACAGGUGGCCCAGGCGUCCCGCUAUCAUCUGCACCAGUUGGCUGCGGCCGAAAACAAUCCCAACCAGGUCGUAACCUAUCUGCGUCCGCUGCACCUCGAUCCCUUCUCGGCCGGGGUGCGUGGCCCGCAUAAAGCGGCUCCCUAGGACCGUAGGACCCCGGACCGGGAACACGUGACUUGACAGGACACCGGCGCGCAAGUGGGGCGCGAAACGCGCGGCCCCGGCGCUGGAGACGAACGAGACGACAACUUUCUCUAGCCGUAGCCGUACCUACCAAAUAGUGUAUAGUCUUGUUUAAUUUAUCGGCCGACGACCAGUAGUAGUUUGCGCGGUGGAGAGCGCGCAACAGCAAUGCAGCAUCAAACCACUCAGCCAUUGCGAAGCGGAACAGUAUUCUAUACGAUAUUUGAACGUUGUUUCAUCCCGUGGCGCGCUAAGGACGGUUCAAAUUCACCAUUCUUCAUCGGUUAUCGCAGUGACCGUAAAGGUUCGAACCCCAUCAAUCCACUCGACGGUUAAUUUAUUCA